AUGAUUACUUCAUCGCAGAAUCGCUACUGCUCGUCCAAAGCUCCUCAGGACGAUAUUAAUAUUUCCUUCAGCUUGAAAGAAAUGUUCCAGAAAGUAGAAAACACCCAAGAAAAGCAGAUAAAAAUGCUGAAGGAGAACAACAAGAUAAGUCUGGAAGCAACCAAAGCAGAGCUCAGAGCUGAGAACAGUUCAGAGUUUCGAGCAAUGCUAAUGCACAUGAAAAUUCUCAUCGGAAUCGGUUUGCUCCUCAUCGGGAAUGCAGCAGCGUUUUACAUGAGCUGA